GGGCCUGACUAACAGUGACUGCAGACCGUAUAUAAGGGGUGCUCUCGCUUUAUUCGAGCAGUAGGGCGUGCAACACCGCACAACUCCCUGUUGACAUCCCUGAGAGUCCACCCAUCCACUCCACCCAUCCACACAUCCCAGAAAACCAUGUCGCAUCCAAAGACCUACAAGGCAUAUGGCUUCACGGAGAAAGGAGGGCCCCUUGAGCAAAUUAUCUUCGACUGGAAGGACCCUCAGCAGGGCGAGAUUGUGGUGAAGGUUCUCGCAUGCGGUGUUUGCGCAAGCGACGAGAUUGCUAAGCACCAGGGAAUGCCCCAGGUGACGUAUCCCAUCGUGCCGGGGCACGAGAUCGUGGGCGACGUUGUAGCGAUCCCUCCCACCGAGAAGAAGUGGAAGGUCGGCCAGCGGGUCGGCAGUGGCUGGCACGGAGGACACUGUUUCGCUUGCGAUCGCUGUGCCGUUGGCGAUUACAUUACCUGCGACGAAGAAGAUAUCAACGGUAUUUCAAGACACGGCGGUUACGCAGAGUAUGUAACCGUGCGAACUGAGGCUGUUGUUGACAUCCCGGAUGGUAUGAACCCUGCUGAGGUCGCUCCGCUCCUCUGUGCAGGAGUCACCACUUUCAAUUCCCUCCGUCACAUGUCGUGUACGCCGCCAGACUUCGUUGCUGUCCAAGGCAUAGGAGGUUUGGGUCACCUUGCCAUUCAAUUUGCGAAGCGGAUGGGCUUCCGGGUCGUCGCGCUCUCGUCGUCCCCCGCAAAGGAGGAGCUCGCCACUAGCUUAGGAGCGGAAAUAUACAUCGAUGGGUCGAAGACGAGCCAGGCAGAAGCCCUGAAGAAGCUCGGAGGCGCGCGCCUCAUCAUGUGCACUGCUCCAAACCCGGAAAUCAUCCGCUCGCUCCUCCCGGCGCUCGCAGCGAACGGCGAAUUAUUGGUCCUCGCCAUCACCGAGGAGGCGUCCAUCCCGCUUGGUAUGCUGAUCGGCAUGCGUCUCUCGAUCCGCGGCUGGCCAAGCGGUGUGGCGGCGGAUAGCGAGGAUUGUGUCAAGUUUGUAAAGGCUCACGGCGUCAAGUGUUUGGUGGAGACCUUCCCGCUCGAUAAGGCGAACGACGCGUACGAUCACCGUAGCUCGGCGCGCUUCCGUGCGGUAAUUGUGCCGUGAUUCUAGUACGACAGCAUCGCCGGUGCUCUGUAGAAUGUAUGACCUAAAACUUUGGCGAACAUCAGAUGCUUAGGAAAGCUUGGAGAUCAAGAUGUCGUCGAGUUCCUUGUGUGUGUGUAGCAUAGUGCCCUGCGGCCUCCAUGCUCUGCAUGUACAGAACCUGGGAGUACCAGUGCGCCGAUUACUGCAAGUACUGGCAUUUUGUUG